GCGGGUGGUCGCCAUGACGGGCUUUGGGGCCCCGCGUCUCCCACGCGGCCGGCCGUUUGUCGGCUGGCCUGCACCCGGCGUCGCGCUGCUGCUUCAGUGUUGGCUUGGGGCCCUGGCCAACAAACUCAACGUGCCGCAGGUGUUGCUCCCCUUCGGCCGGGAGCCAGGCCGCGUGCCCUUCCUGCUGGAGGCGCAGCGGGGCUGCUACACCUGGCAUUCCACCCAUCAUGAUGCAGUAACUGUUGAGCCUUUAUAUGAAAAUGGCACCUUAUGUUCUCAAAAAGCUAUGCUCAUUGCUGAAUCUACCCAACCGAUACGCCUCAGCAGCAUUAUUCUUGCUCGAGAGAUAGUGACUGACCAUGAACUGCGCUGUGAUGUUAAGGUUGAUGUGAUAGACAGCAUUGAAAUUAUAUCUCGAACCCGGGAACUCUAUGUAGAUGAUUCACCACUGGAACUGAUGGUGAGGGCAUUGGAUGCUGAAGGAAAUACUUUUAGUAGUUUGGCAGGGAUGAUGUUUGAGUGGAGCAUUGCCCAGGAUAACGAAACAAAAGUGGCAGCAGCAUUGAUACGUCUGCUAGUUUUGGAGAAUAUAUUUCUUAUACCAUCCCAUGAUAUUUAUCUCUUAGUAGGAGCAUAUAUUAAAUACCGAGUUGCAAAAAUGGUGCAGGGAAGAAUGACAGAGGUGGGAUUUCCCCUAGAACACUAUACACUGGAAUUGCAAGACCACAGAGUUGCAUGUAACUGGUCUCUUUCUGGGAAAGUGGCUUUACUGGAUGAGAAAAGAGCUAUGGUGACUGCUGUCCAACUGGGCCAAACUAACCUUGUCUUUGUCCAUAAAAAUGUCCAUAUGCGAUCUGUGUCUGGACUCCCAAAUUGCACCAUAUAUGUUGUAGAGCCUGGAUUUUUAGAUUUCACAGUUCAACCUGGAGACCGAUGGAGUCUAGAGGUGGGACAGGUGUAUGUCAUUACAGUAGAAGUGUUUGAUAGAAGCAGUACAAAGGUCUAUAUUUCAGAUAAUCUCAGGAUUAUGUACCAGUUCCUAAGGGAGUACUUUGAAGAGCAGCUCACUACUGUGAAUGGAUCUUACCAUGUAGUAAAAGCCCUGAAAAGUGGUGUCGUGGUGAUAAAUGCAUCCCUGACUUCCAUCAUUUACCAGAAUAAAAAUAUUCAGCCUAUAAAAUUUCCAAUCAUACAUCAGCAAGAAGUGAAGAUUUAUUUUCCCAUCAAGCUUACACCCAACUUUCUGGCAUUUCCUCAUCAUCCUAUGGGAAUAUUAUAUCGGUAUAAAGUACAGGUAGAGGGUGGCAGUGGCAACUUCACUUGGACCUCUUCUAAUGAAACAGUGGCCAUGGUGACCACUAAAGGAGUGGUGACUGCAGGUCAGGUCAGGGGGAACAGUACUGUUUUGGCCCGAGAUGUACAAAAUCCCUUUCGAUAUGGAGAAAUUAAGAUAUAUGUCCUGAAACUGAACAAAAUGGAGCUGUUACCAUUUCAUGCUGAUGUGGAGAUUGGCCAGAUUAUAGAAAUCCCCAUUGCAAUGUAUCAUGUAAAGGAGAACAAAGAAGUCAUCAUGUUCACAGAUUGCUCUCAUUUAUUGUUGGAUCUGAACAUGGAUAAGCAAGGAGUCUUUACUCUUCUCAAGGAAGGUGUUCAAAGACCUGGGCCAACACACUGUUCUAGUAUACAUAUAGCAGCCAAAUCUCUAGGCCAUACCCUGGUAACAGUGAGUGUGACUGAAUCUGAAGAGUACUUGGAGAGCAGUGCCACAUUUGCUGCUUAUGAACCUCUAAAGGCUGUAAACCCUGUGGAGGUGGCGUUGGUGACAUGGCAGUCUGUGAAGGAAAUGGUGUUUGAAGGCGGCCCCCGUCCAUGGAUCUUGGAGCCCUCCCGAUUCUUUUUAGAGUUGAGCAUGGAGAAGACAGAGAAAAUUGAAUUAACACAAGUCCGGCUGCCAGCUAAAAGAAAACAGAACCAGUACAUCUACCGGGCCUUGUGCCUGGAUUUAGGGGAACAAGCUCUGACAUUCCGAAUCGGAAAUCACCCGGGUGUCCUGAACCCCAGUCCAGCUGUUGAGGCUGUGCAGGUACGCUUUAUGUGUGCCCACCCUGCCAGCAUGUCAGUAACCCCAGUAUACAGAGUGCCAGCUGGUGCCCAGCUGUGCCCUCUGCCACAGCACAACAAACAGCUGAUUCCUGUAUCAAGCCUGAGGGACACAGUUCUGGAACUGGCAGUGUUUGAUCAACACAGGAGAAAGUUUGAUAAUUUCAGUUCACUAAUGCUGGAAUGGAAAUCCUCAAAUGAAACACUAGCUCAUUUCGAAAAUUAUAAUUCAGUGGAGAUGGUAGCAAAGGAUGAUGGCAGUGGGCAGACUCGGCUACAUGGUCAUCAGGUCCUUAAAGUACAUCAGUUAAAAGGGACUGUACUCAUUGGAGUCAAUUUUGUGGGCUACUCCGAGAAGAAAAGUCCAGAGAAACUUUCCAACUUGCCCAGAUCUGCAGCUGUGGAGCUGCUUCUGGUGGACGAUGUAACUGUACUGCCCGAGAAUGCCACCAUCUAUAACCACCCCGAUGUGAAGGAGAUAUUUAGCCUUGUGGAAGGAUCUGGUUAUUUUCUGGUCAACAGCAGUGAGCAGGACAUUGUCACCGUCACUUACAUGGAAGCAGAAAGCUCUGUCCAGUUAGUUCCAGUACACCCUGGAUUUUUCACCUUGGAGGUCUACGAUCUGUGCUUGGCUUUCCUGGGUCCAGCAGUGGCCUACCUCAGGGUGUCAGACAUGCAAGAGCUGGAACUUGAUCUGAUUGAUAAGGUUGAAAUAGGUAAAACUGUGUUAGUAACUGUGAGGGUUCUUGGCUCUUCCAAACGCCCAUUCCGAAAUAAAUACUUCAGAAACAUGGAGCUUAAACUGCAGUUGGCUUCUGCCAUCGUCACCCUGACGCUAAUGGAGGAACAGGAUGAAUACUCUGAAAAUUAUAUCCUUCGAGCUGUCUCUAUUGGGCAAACCACACUUGUGGCUAUUGCCAGGGACAAGAUGGGGAGGAAAUUCACAUCGGCUCCUCGCCAGAUUGAGGUGUUUCCUCCAUUCAGACUUGUUCCAGAGAAAAUGACACUGAUUCCAACUAACAUGAUGCAGGUCAUGUCUGAAGGUGGCCCCCAGCCCCAAUCUAUCAUUCACUUCUCUAUCAGUAACCAGACUGUGGCUGUUGUGAAUAGGAGGGGGCAGGUUACAGGGAAGGUAGUUGGCACAGCUGUGGUCCAUGGCACCAUCCAGACAGUAAAUGAAGAUACUGGCAAAGUCAUUGUGUUUUCUCAGGAUGAAGUGCACAUUGAAGUGGUUCAGCUAAGGGCUGUUAGGAUCCUUGCCGCUGCUACUCGACUCAUCGCAGCAACUGAGAUGCCAGUUUACGUCAUGGGAGUGACCAGUACCCAGACCCCUUUCUCCUUCAGCAAUGCCAACCCUGGGCUCACAUUCCACUGGUCCAUGAGCAAAAGGGAUGUAUUGGAUCUAGUACCCAGGCAUUCAGAGGUUUUCCUACAGCUCCCAGUAGAGAAUAACUUUGCCAUGGUUGUCCACACAAAAGCAGCUGGUCGCACCAGUAUCAAAGUCACUGUCCGCCGUAUGAACAGUUCCUCUGGGCAGCUUGAGGGGAAUUUGUUGGAACUGUCUGAUGAAGUUCAGAUCCUGGUGUUUGAGAAACUCCAACUGUUCUUUCCAGAGUGCCAGCCUGAGCAAAUUCUGAUGCCCAUGAAUUCCCAGCUCAGACUCCACACCAACAGGGAAGGGGCCGCCUUUGUGAGUUCCCGUGUUCUCAAGUGUUUCCCUAAUUCAUCUGUCAUCGAGGAGGAUGGCGAAGGGCUCCUGAAAGCUGGUUCCAUUGCAGGUACUGCUGUGUUGGAAGUCACUUCUAUAGAACCUUUUGGAGUCAACCAAACAACCAUAACUGGAGUUCAGGUGGCGCCAGUGACAUAUGUGCGGAUGAGCAGCCAACCCAAGCUGUAUGCAGCCCACGGGAGGACUCUGCCCGCCUUUCCUGUGGGCAUGUCUCUCACCUUCGUCGUCCAGUUUUAUAACAGCAUUGGAGAGAAAUUCCACACACACAACACCCAGCUUCAUCUGGCUCUGAACAGAGAUGACCUGCUACUUAUUGGGCCAGGGAAUAGGAACUAUACUUACGUGGCCCAGGCAGUGAACACAGGAGUGACGCUUUUGGGAAUCUGGGACCGGAGGCACCCAGGUGUGGCAGAUUACGUCCCUGUUGCUGUGGAGCAUGCCAUUGAGCCAGACACCCAGCUCACCUUUGUUGGAGAUGUCAUCUGCUUCAGGACUCACCUCCUCAACCACAAUGGAUCCUGUACCCCAAGUCAGGCCUUGGCCAUUACAACAAUACUUCUUCCUGAGACCCUCGUGCUGUGCCAUGUGCAGUUCAGUAAUACUUUGCUAGACAUCCCAGCAAGCAAAAUCUUCCAUGUCCAUGCAGGUUUCAGCAUGGAGAAAGGGGUUUAUGUCUGCCUAAUCAAGGUUCGACCCCAGUCAGAAGAGCUGCUCCAGGCCCUCAGCGUGGCUGACACCUCAGUCUAUGGGUGGGCCACACUGGUCAGUGAACGGAACAAGAAUGGAAUGCAAAGAAUCCUCAUUCCUUUCAUCCCAGCCUUUUACAUCAACCAGUCAGAAUUGAUUCUUAGCCACAGACAAGAUAUCGGGGAGAUAAGAGUGCUGGGGGUGGACAGAGUUCUUGAGAAGCUAGAGGUCUUCCCUAGCUCCCCAGUUCUAGUGGUCUCUGGCCACAGGCAGUCUUCCCUCACGCCUGGCCUGGCUGUCUAUCCCGUGAGAGCAGUCAACUUCACCUCCCUUCAGCAGAUGGCAUCACCCAUUUUCAUCAAUAUUUCCUGUGAGCUCACCAGUCAAAGUGAGGCUGUGCUAGUGAGAGCUCUGAAGGAUAAGUCUGGUGCAGAUCAAUGUGAAGAUUCAGGUAUCCUCCAGAAGUUCCUGGGUUCUCACCAGGCCAUCCUCUUUACCCUCUUUACAGUGCUGGCAUCAACAGCUUUCAUCUUUCUAGCGUAUAAUGCCUUCUUAAACAAGAUACAGACAGUUCCAGUUGUUUAUGUGCCAACUCUAGGAACACCACAACCAGGUUCUUAUACCUCCACCACACGUUCUCCCCCACCUUUCAUGAGUCCACAACCCCCAGCAGGCCAGAGACGGCUACAACACUGGCUAUGGAGUGUAAGGCACUAACCUCCACUUGGACAAAUCCCCUCAACUGUAGAGGACUGGAGCCAUAAGCCCCCAAACUAGAUAGGCUUCUGAAAACUGUAAAUAAAAGAUCCUAAGCUGUUCUGCGC